AUGGACUUCUUGCGCUCCGAGGAGGAGCUCAGUCGAGUUCUGUCUCUGCAGCGAGUUAUGACUUCCGCCGGGGCGCUGGCCGGUCCCCUGGUGGCUCGCACCUUUGACAAGCUGCAUUUCAAGACGCUUUGCCUAGGUGUGGUCUGCGUGAAUGUGCUGAAUCUCCUCAUCGGCGCGGUUCUAUGGGAGGAUGCAGCUAAGGCUGAGGGCAGAGACAGGAAGAAGCCCAUCCAGGUCGAGCAAGACGAAGACAAUGAUGCAGCGGAAAAGUCUAUAAGUGAGCAGCUGAAGGCGAUGUUUGCGAAUCAAGCUGCUUGCGGCCUUCUUCUGGUGUCCUUUGUCUACGCACUGGGCUUUGCCAUUGGGGAUGGACCAGAGAUGGUUUUCUUCAAGGACCGCUUCGGUUUCGGCAAGGAGCAUGCUUGCGUCUUCUACCUGUUGACCAAUAUGUCAACUUUGGUGUGUUCUGCAUGGGUCCCUGCCCUCUUGACGAAUUUCGGCGCGCUGCCGCUUUGCAUUGCCGGAACCGUUGGAGGUUCUGUUGCUUCGCUGCUGCUUGUGUUCGGCCCGACUGCCCUCUGGGUGCCGUAUGCUUUCGGCAUUACCAUGGUGGGCCUCUUCGGGACCAUGAUUGGCAUGGGCUUCAUGCACUUGGUGAGGGAGUAUUGCCCGGAAGAUCUGAUGGGUACUAUGUUUGGUAUACAGAGUUCUCUGAAUGGGGCCGCUGGUGCUUUGGCGCCGCCCUUCGGUGGUUGGCUGUACCACCUGAAUAUCUUUCUGCCAUUCCUGUGCACUUCUGCCUCCUGCGCUCUUACGGGCCUGUUGUAUGAGACUGCUAUGCCAAAGUCGAAAAAGGAGACCGUGACCAAGACUGAGAUCGUUGAGGCCGUGGUGCACCGGAAGCCAACGAAGAUGACUCGAAACUCCACCUUCGGCAGGCCCAUCUACCACGACAAGAGCUUUAUCAUACAGGUCUGUACCAACGAGCUCAGUAUCGGACUGAACCCCGAGAGCAUGUACUUCUACCAGCGCAUGCGGGAGCGUCUGAAGGAGGAGAACGUGCGAGGGGGCAUGAAGCCUGUGGCCACCGUUUCGGGGUCCCUCGCAGAGUCCAUCGAGCAGGAGGACGAAAGGAAACGAAAGGCCGUCUCCAUACGACGCAUGGGCACAGACCAGGGUCUUGGAAGUGGGAGCUGA